AUGCGUUUCACCACCAUCGUCACUCCCCUCCUGGCGAGCGCCACCCUCGCCUCCGCCUUCUGCCACAACUCCAUCUCCUGCAUGAUGGGCGGCGACUCCACCUGCAACAACGUCUGCGUGCGCCAGGGUAACCCCAACGGCGGCCGCUGCCUCCCCCGCGACGGCUGCCCCGGCUACGACAUCUGCGCCUGCUACCCGAACAACAAGCGCAGCGACGAGGUGAUUGAUGCCGACGAGCCCCUGCGUGAAGCCCUGAAGAACAUGGGCAUCGAGGAGGAUACCGUGGAGAAGUUGGAAGCUAGAGAUGCCUCCUUGGAUAAGCGCAGCAUCUGCUGCAGCUUCCCCGACCCCUGGGGAGGACUCUGCUGUGAGGAUCACUGCAGCUACAUUGGAAAGCCUGGUGGACAGUGCUCCGACAAGGGUGUUUGCACCUGCAACUAG